CCAAAGGACAGCUUCAUGUAAACUUCAGAAUUUGCUCCUUGUUUUCUAGCAGGAUAUAGUUCCAUUCUUUUUUCUAAGUGUUAAGUCUCAAUCCACUCUUUUUUCAACUUUCAGAAUCAACUACCUGUGUACAACUUUCUAUCAAGUUACCAUAGAAGAGAUGACAAAGUUACACACAUGUUAUCCAAGCUCAGCAUCUUCUAAGCUAGGAAUUGACAGAGAUUCACACGUGAUAUCAAAAUUCAAGCCAAAGAUCCGGAUAAUUCACAUAUAUGCACCAGAAAUCAUAAAAACUGAUGCUGCAAACUUCAGAGAGCUAGUUCAAAGACUCACAGGAAAGCCAGAAGAAGAAGGGGGAUGUGGAAGCAAAUCCAAGACUGCACUAACCAAAGAUCCAAAGGAUUUACACCCCAAGAAAGCCGUGGUCAUGGAAGAAGAUGAAGAGGGGUUUCUGAGUCAGCAAAAUGGGAUAAGAGUAAAGAAUGAACAUGAAGAGGAAGAAGUUGAAGAUGAUGAUAUAUGCAAAAGAUCAAAGUCAAAUGAGAAGUUCAGUGGUUUCUUUGAUGGAUUCUCAGAGUUGGAUGGUUUUAUGGAAGAGUUAAGUUCUAUGCCUUUGGUUAAUCAAAAUUAA